AUGAAGGAGUAUACGCUCGUCCUGCUGACCUGGGCGCUCCUCUGGUUGUUCAGGGGGGGUGAAAGCAUCGGAAGGGUCAAACGUGUCAGACCUGUCAACCCUUCUGGCCAUGUCAACCGUAGUGGUUGCACUGGUUGCGGUGGCCCAGGACGCACGAGAGCGUGGCGGGGGUUCAUUCGCCUUGGUAAGAAUUCCAAAGGGUGCUACGCGAAGCAGAGGUUCCCUUACCGCCGACAGCCCGAAAGGAAUCACCUGACCUGCGCCACUGCAGGGGAAGGGUUUUCGAACACCAUCCACCACGAUGUGAAGAAGAAUACACAGAACUACGAAGAAGAUGGCCCACCGGCAUCCUUCCACAGAUAUAUUGAAAAUAUUAAGACAAGAAAAAACGUCCACCCAAGUAUACGCAUAACCGACUUUGAUAAAAAAUUCAUCAGAUGUAAGGAGAGUUACAAUAGGAGGUAUUCCCAUCUGAAGGACAGCGAGUUAUUUGGAAAUUUCCGCUUCGUGGGUAGACAAAAAAAGGGGAUCAUGUCUCCUAAGUAUUAUUUGCCUAAGUAUGUAGAGAGGCCCAAUUACCACAGGACAGGUACGCCUGUACCUGUUCCAUACGAGGGUGAGCGAAAAAUGAAUAGCAAUACCAAAGGAACAGAAUCCCUCCACCCUUAUAGCAACAUAAAAAGUGAGGAUGACAUAGAAACAAUUAGUAGCAAUUGUCUGUUCGCUCGCGAACUCAUGGAUGACGUAUCACAUAUUAUCUGCGAAGGAAUAACAACAAACGAUAUAGACAUUUACAUUCUCAACAAGUGUAUAAACAAUGGUUACUAUCCCUCUCCUUUGAAUUAUCAUCUCUUCCCGAAAAGCUCGUGUAUAUCUAUUAACGAAAUACUUUGCCAUGGAAUCCCUGACAAUAACGUCUUGUACGAGAACGACAUCGUGAAGGUAGACAUCAGCGUGUUCAAAGAUGGAUUUCAUGCGGACAUGUGUGAAAGCUUCCUCGUUCCGAAAUUAUCAAGAAAUGAAAAAAAAAAAAAAAAAAAAUUCUACGAUUUUAUAUACUUAAAUGAUAAGCUCCGGACGAAAUAUACAAAAUUUAUUAUGAAGUACAACUUUGAUUUAACUACUAAUAAAGUUGUGAAAACUGGAAAACAAUGCUCCAUCAGAAGGAUCAAGUACGACCCACCCAAUUCGAAGGAUAGACCCAAUGACCAGUACAACUCCUUCGACGAUAAUACGAAUUGUGUGAUGCGCAGUGCCCACUUUGAUGGGAACGAAAUCACGCAUGAGGAGGAUUAUUACAACGAUGGUAAUGGAGCGACACAUAUGUCCAGAGACAACAUGCAGAGGGACGACCUGGACGAACUGGAACUCUUCCACCGACAGUACGAUGAGCAGGUCAUCUAUAACAAGAACCAAAACAGCCAAACUUAUGAUGACAUACAGCGGUACAUAUAUAACAAAACCAGAGGAUCUCCAAAAGACAAGAACAACCGGAAUCACCAGAACAGGUUCGCCUUCUUCGACAAAGGAAAGCUUGAAGCGGACGAGUUCAAAAUGUACAUGCGUAAAAAAAAUAUCGACCUCAUAAAAACGGCACAUGAGUGCACCAUGGAAGCUAUCCGUGUUUGUAAGGCAGGCGUUCCUUUCAGUGCGAUAGGAGAUGCAAUAGCCAACCACCUAGACAGGAUAAAUAAGCGCCUCCAUGUACAUUAUGCAGUCGUCCCACAUCUGUGUGGACAUAACAUUGGAAAAAAUUUUCACGAAGAACCUUUUAUUAUUCAUACAAGAAAUAACGACGACAGACAGAUGUGUGAAAAUCUUGUCUUCACCAUUGAACCCAUUAUAUCUGAGCGUCCCUGUGAUUUUAUCAUGUGGCCAGACAAUUGGACUAUGUCCAAUGCCAGGUAUGUUUUUUCCGCUCAGUUCGAGCAUACUAUCGUUGUGCGCAAAGAUGGAGCAGAGAUCCUCACGGGGAAAACGGAUCGCUCUCCAAAAUUUGUUUGGGAAUGCGAAGAGACGUAG